AUGUUCAGCAAAGAUGCGCUAAGGCCACUUCUGCAUUUAACUCCUCAACGAAAUGCUUGUGGUCGGCCCCAUCACCAACGAAGUCAAGCUGCGAGUCUACCUAUCCGCAAUUCGCCCCAUCAUGAUGUACGGAUCGGAGACUUGGGCAGCACCAUCAACGGUUAUGGCCUUGACUGCACGGAACGAAAGCAGCUUAGACGGCUACUUGGCUACUUUUGGCCUAGGGUAUGUCACAAUGAAGAUCUUUACGCAGAACUUGAUGUGAUAUACCGGCGGAUGACAUGUGGAAAACAUCAACAUCUUGCACCGCCAUCGAAAGUGGCUAAAAUAAAUCGUCUUCGCUUCUUUGGUCAUAUAUUAAGGAGACUGGCAGAUCGCCUUGUUCAACGAGUUCUGAGGAGUUCGUCGGGUUCGAGCUGGAAGAAGCCACCUGGCCGAAAACGGAAGUUCUGGACUGAGGUAGUGAAAGAGGAAUUGAGGACAUUCGGCGUGUAUAGGCAGUUCAGGCGAGACGUAAGGUUUCCCAGAAUAUGGAACAGCGACGAAUGGAUUGAUUCUGUGCAAGCUCUCGCAGAAGAUCGAGAAGGUUGGGCAGAGCUGUGUUCAAGGACGGCACACCUCGGCGAAGAUGCGGGUAAUCGCGUCAGGCGAUGA